AUGUUGGACAGCUGGUUCGUGGGCGUGGCAAUCAAGCCAGGAGUGGCAGGGCGGAUCAGGUGGAGCGGGGGCGCGACCUCCAGGCCGAUCGGGGCCGAGGUGAACGUCCCGACCGCGGCCGUGGCCGUGGCGCUCCCCAUGCCGCAGGGGGCAACGGAGGCCCUAACGCCCCUAUUGGCAGGGGUACGGAUGGGGGUAGGGGCGGCGCACCUCUCCCUCCUCAAGCACCAGCAGCAGGGGAUCAACCUUCAAGUGGCUCGGGUUCAGGAGAGGGGAACCAGCGCCAUGAUCCGGAUCAGGGACGAGAGGCCAGGGAACCCGCUGCUGAAGAGCGUGGCAACGGAGGAUGGCAUGGGUUUUUUCCAAAUUCAAGCGGCCAACCUCAAUGACAUUGUUGCUUCGGACCUGAACUCUGCGGCGGCACAAAUUACUGUGGAAUCGGGUGAAGUCUCUUCGCGUUUGCUGGUGACAGAGCUUUCAAGACUCGUUCAUGUUCGCUGGAAGUGGGAGGUACAGGAGUUGGAUAGCCAGGUUUUCGUGGUUCCUUUUCCCAGUAAGGAGGAAUUGGAUCGCUUGGUAGCUGUUGGGACGGUUACGACCAAGAACAAGGAAGGUACUCUCUUGUUUGAAGAAUUUGUUGAUGAUGUGCAACCCAUCAAAGUCCUGGAUAAGGUUUGGGUGACGGUCACCAAGGUACCUCGUCUGCUUCGCUCCUUCCUACCACUUUGGGCGGUUGGAACUAUAAUCGGUGAGACCCAAAAGGUUGAUAUCUAUCACCUUCGUCAGACGGGAGAGGUCCGCAUUUUGGUGGCUGCUUUCGAUGUUAAGAAAAUUCCAAAAUAUGUUGAUGUCUGUGUCAAAGGGAGUAUGUACCGGCUUUAUUUUAAGCCAGAUGAAGUGGCUCCUGAAAUCUUCAAUCCUGAAGAUGAUGACCUCCUGGGAGAUGAUGACAAAGACCUUGAUGGUGAUGGUGACAGGGAGAUGGAAGAGGCAGAUGAUGCUCCAAAACCACAGGACUUUGAGAAGGGCAAAUCUACUUCUGCUUCAGAUGGCACUUUACCUUCUCAUUCUCAAAGUGGGGCUUAUCAUAAACAGGCGGCUUUAAUUCAAGAAGCUAUGGACUUGGCUUAUGAGCAGCUUUUUGAGGAAAUAAGUAUUAAAGUCAUGAUUGAGAAGGAGGGUGGAGAAGAAUGGAAAUGA